ACGAAGCUCACGAUUGGAUGAUGUCUUCCUCUCCAAUCAGAGUUUGACUUUGAAGGGACACUGAGUUUGGUUUGGAGUAUACUGCACGAAGCUGACAAACAUUAAACUCCGUGACUACACUCGGUCUUUUUCGUCCGUACUGGCACGGCGUGUGAGGUUCUAGCACGAAGUUUGCGUAAAACUUUUCCACCAUGGGACGUAUGCACGCACCUGGAAAGGGUAUUUCCCAGUCAGCGCUUCCGUAUAGAAGAAGUGUCCCAACAUGGUUGAAGUUAACUUCUGACGAAGUUAAAGACCAAAUUAAGAAGCUAGCUAAAAAAGGUUUAACCCCAUCACAGAUUGGUGUUAUUUUGAGGGAUUCGCAUGGUGUGGCACAAGUAAGAUUUGUAUGCAAUGAAAAAGUUGGAAACAAGAUUCUCCGUAUAAUGAAAUCCGAGGGUUUCACUCCUGACCUUCCGGAAGAUUUGUACUACCUUAUUAAGAAGGCUGUUGCUAUCCGCAAACAUUUGGAAAGAAACAGGAAAGACAAGGAUUCCAAGUUCAGACUUAUCCUUGUUGAAUCAAGAAUACAUCGCCUUGCAAGAUACUAUAAGACGAAGAGUGUCUUGCCUCCCAACUGGAAAUAUGAAUCAAGCACAGCAUCUGCUCUUGUGGCUUAAAUGGUUGUAGAUGCCUGUAAAUGUUAUAAUAAAAACAAAUAAACUUGAUGUAAAGUCCUCAAAGAUCUUAUUCCAAUUCACCAAGCUUUAGAAAGGGAAGAUAAUUAUUCUAGUGAGGUUAUAUAGUUCAAGAAGAAUUCAACAAAUUGAUCAUUUCUGAACUAUUAGGUAUACUUUUUAAUGCAGAUUAGUGAACCAGUAUCCUCUAGAACACAGUAGUGUCCUUUUGAUUUCGUGUCUUCAAUGGUACAUCUCUUCAUCUUCUGCAGUUUCUGCCUCUGUCCUUUUUGGUGUUUCUUGUUCUUCCCAUUGACCUUUCAAUCUUCAAAUCUCUUCUGGCUUUCCAGGUCAAAAAGGUGUCACUUCAAUGCCUUCUUUUCGGUAUCCGAUGUAACUAGACGCUUCUUCUAACUUCUGUUACCAGUAAUGUGUUGUCCAUGAGGCUGCGGACGCUUUAAAACAUUUUCGGUGUGUGACCGUGACAGUGAAAUGAACAAGAAUUUUAGUGUUUGUGAAUAAUGUGUAAAAGGAAAUUAAGGAAUAUAAUUAUAUAUCACUUCAGUAAAUUUCUGGUUACGGUUUGUUCCAUACUUUUUCUUUGUUAUUAUCUGAGAACAAGUAGAAUGGAUUUGAAAUGUUAUUCACUACACAUUAAAUUUCUGGCUGAGGCAAAUACAGCUUUCCUUUAAAAUGAAGGUUUAAUGUAUAAUUCCUCUAGCUGAUUAGGAAAAGCUCUGGCAGGUGGAUCUUGCUAGUUAGUGAAGGGAAUAAGUUAUGUAGUCACAUGUCGUCCAUACCCCCAAGCAUUUGAAUUCCACUAUAAGCCCAGGCGUGGGGGACAACGUUAGCUGGUUGACAGCCAAUCAACCCAAAAUGCCAAAUAUACAUACACUGCAUAAAAAAUUUAAUGCAAUUACACAAAAAUUAUCCAUUGAUAAGAAAAUGUGCUAUGCAUCUUACACCUUGUAUUGAAGACUAAUUAAACCUUAUUGUGUAUUCUUUUUCUUUAAAAAUGCCCUUCGCUUAUCUAAUUAAAUAUAUAAUUUUGUUACCUUAACAUAAACGGCACAUUGUUCAUUUUCCAUGGAGUACAGAAUUAUUUCAAAUAGAAAAACUGCAUUGCACCUGUUUUCUUUCCAGUUACUAUUAAUUUGUUAUUACAGAACCAAUUUGAAACUUUUGAUAGGUUUCUUUAUUGCAAAGAAUAUUUGAAUCCGUAAAGAGAACUGAGCUAAGAUUCGGAAUUGUCAAGGGCAUGUUGUUUACAUAGAGUUGAAAGAGAAUUGAUCCCAAGUGCAAUUUGGAAGGUGUGUGUAUAUAAUGUCCCGCUUUCCAGUAUAGUAUUUCAGCUCUGGUUGUUGUUUGAUGUGUAUUAAGUCAUAACAAGACAUAAGAGAAAAACACUAAUGUGAAAUGGCACACCACCACUUUGCAAUUUCUAAUAAGAAAGUGCUAAUACUUGACGCACAUCAACACAAGACUCAUGUGGCAUUGGCCUAACCAACCUUGAGCAAUACAACAGAUUCCUUAAGUAGUUUUGAAAGUAGAAUGUUAUGAUCAAUGACGUCAAAAGCUUUUAAAAGAUUUCAAAAUAGUCCAGUAUGUGCUUAGUUUUGAUCCAUGGAUUAAGCAUCAUCUUUAAGAAAAAAGAAAUAUGGCUAUUUCCGUAGUUUAAUUUUCUAAUUCCAUGUUGGCAAUCUGAAAAAGCUUUGUGUUUACUGAGAAAGGUUUCACUCGUAUGUAAAAAUUUCUUGACCCAUGAGAUCAGCAAUACUUAAAAAAUAUUAGUUCAAGAGACUAGCCACUGUUGUCUAUCAUUCACUUCUAUCGUUUUUUAAAACAACCUUCUCUACAAGGUAGUUAAUGUGGUCGUAUAUCUUACUAUAUUCCUCAUUGUUUGUCUUAUUUGAGCUCAAAAUAUCCUGAAUGUUUCAUGAUUUUAGCCUGCCUUAUGACUUUUCUUUACAAUGAAUUGCUUUUUUUUAAAAGUAGAGGUGGAAAUCGUGAGAUACAUUAUAAUGGUUAGAAAUGAAAAAAAAAGUUUUGUUGUACUUACUCGCCCUUAUGAAGGUACUUUGUAAGAAGUUAUGCAAUUGUGUGCUGGGAACAGUGAAUUUUCCGCAGAAAAACUCCUAAUAACGUAAAAGGGAGUAACUUCUGUUGGUAAAGAGAAAAAAACAUGGUGUUGCCAGAAUUAAUGUUUUGUGGAUCCUUGAUUGUGAAUCAGACAUUUUCAAAAUUUAAAAAAAUGUUUCCUAACUUUUUGAUUACUUUUGGUUGCAGGAUACUGUAAUGGAUAAUUACAGGCAUAGGUUUAAUUUUCAUUAAAACUGUGUUUUUCGAAAAUUGCAAAAAAAUCAAUUUUUUCUGUUAUUUCGUUUAUGUGCUGUCACCUUUUAGAAGGUUGUCUGUUGACUUGAUUUCGAUCUUACUUUUGCUGCUCUAAACAAUUCUGCAGCUGAACAAAUGUACAACGUUUUCAGAUUGCCCCACCAGGAUGUAGGUCUUGCUCUUUUACCACAUGUUCCCCUGCGAAAUAAUGUUUUUCCCCUCUCAUGUGUCUGAAAUACUGUAACUAACUGUAAUUGUUUUUAAAAUUCCUUUGCAUUUUCCAAUUCUCAGGUCUUCAUUUGUCGUUCUCGAUACCCAACUGAUUGUAAGGAUUCUUUGGUAUGACCACAUUUCAAAUGCUUCUAGUUUGUUCAUGUGUCUUUUCUGUAAAGUCCAAGUCUCUGUUCCAUAAAAGAGUUGAAAAUACAUUACACUUCAACAACCUUAUUUUAACACUUCAACUUACUUGCAGAAGACAUUUUUCAUUUUUUUAAUGGUGCUUCUUGCCUUAAUCUCAUCUGAGUUGUCAUUUACUUGAUUUAUAGUAGUGCCAAGGUAUUUAUAUCUCUGUACUAGUUAAAUUCCUUCUCUUGAUUAAAAGAUGU